AUGGAAGCCCCUUAUCCCCCCGACACAGUCGCGCAAUCUGCUGUCAUCCGCCUUCGUCAUCGUCCCGGUCCUGUGUUCGGCGCGGGAGACGGGGUCUUCCAGCCUGCCAUAUCAGGCAAGUAUAAUUGUUUAUCCGAGCAAUCGGUACCUGACGAAUGUUUUUUCUAUGUUCAAAAUGUGCGCGGCCUGAGAACUAAAAUUGACGAGUUGUUUCUUUCGACAACCGAGAGUGAAUACGACGCUAUCUUUCUGACUGAGACUGGACUUGACGACCGCAUCAACUCUUUGCAACUAUUUGGCUCAUCAUUUAACGUGUUCCGCUGCGACCGCAACCCAGAGAACAGCAAUAAAACUACUUUCGGUGGAGUUUUGAUUGCCAUCGCACAGCGUCAUCCAAGUACAAUCGUUCGCACAAUGAAUGGCAAUCGCUUGGAGCAGGUAUGCGUAAGUACUACUAUCCGUGGUAGAAAGCUUCUGCUCUGUUGUAUUUACGUACCACCAGAAAGAGCUCGAGUAGCUGACGUCAUCAAUUCACACAUCUCAUCCAUCGGCGAGCUAUGUGAUGCUUGCUCUGAGCGUGGUAGUGUUAUAGUUUGUGGCGACUAUAAUCAGCCGCGCAUUGAGUGGGAACCAACCGAUAGUGCGAUUCAGAAUAUCUCCACUUCCCAGUUGCCAUGUGCCAGUGCGGCACUGAUCGAUGGAAUGAACUUUUUAAAUCUCUCCCAAGUUAACACGCACCGAAAUCAUCUUAGACGCAUGCUGGACCUUGUUUUUUGUUCUUCGGAUUGCUCACUUACGGUCGAUAGCUGUAUCACACCGCUUCUUCCCGUCGACCCGCAUCAUCCGCCACUUGUAUUAUCAAUGCCCGUUCAUAACAAUAGUGCCGUCGCUGAUGGUAUGGAAGUCCAAAGAAGGGAAUUAAAUUAUAAAAAAAUUGAUUUCGCCGCAUUGACUGAAUACUUGUUGGACACUGAUUGGAGCGUUUUAUUCGAUUGCGAUGAUGUGAAUGAAAUGGCUACACGUUUCUGCAGUAUUAUAUCUCAGUGGUUGAGCUCGAAUCUACCGUUUGUGAAACGGCAAACCGGCCCAGCUUGGUGCACAGCUAGUCUUCGAAAAUUGAAGCGUAAACGUAGUAGCGGUCAACGUGCUCAUCGCCGUUGGAGAACACCUUCGACUCGACAACAUUUUAAGCAUGUUAGUGAUAAUUACCGCCGCCUGAAUGCUCUGCUGUACAAAUCGCAUGUACUGCGUGUGCAAUGUGAUCUUCGGAAGGAACCGAAAAGAUUCUGGAAUUUCGUUAAUUCCAAAAGAAAAAGCUCGUCUGCCCCUAAAAAUGUGUGUUAUGACGUUUUCGCUGUCGAUACGGCCUCUGAUAAUGCUGCUGAAAUUGCUGCUGCGCAUGUUCCGACCGACUUGGUGGAUUUGAGCUUAUUUACUAUUACUGCCGAUAUGGUGAUAGUUGCUACCAAAAAGUUAAAACGUUCCUUCUCUGCUGGGCCGGAUGGUAUUCCAGCGGUGGUAUUGAGUCGUUGCGUUGAAGUAUUGGCUAACCCGUUAAGCUUAAUAUUCAACAAAUCUUUCGAGCAAGUAAAAUUUCCUGACAUUUGGAAGCAAUCGUUUAUGUUUCCAGUUUAUAAAUCUGGCGACCGUCAUGAUGUUAGGAAUUAUCGCGGGAUCACCAGUCUUUCUGCGGCAUCUAAAUUGUUUGAAAUAAUUGUAAGUGGUGUAAUACUAUCCCGCACUAAGAAUUACAUUUCAGCUGUUCAACACGGUUUCAUGCCUGGUCGGUCCGUUUGUACUAAUUUACUGGAGUUUACUACGACGUGUAUUACGCAAAUGGAAGGCAAAAAACAAGUAGAUGUCAUCUAUACUGAUCUGAAAGCGGCUUUUGAUAGAAUUGACCACGGGAUACUUUUACGGAAACUAUCUCGCCUCGGUGCUUCCCAAAAAAUGAUUGAAUGGCUAAACUCAUACCUCAGCGGUAGAGUAUUACGUGUGAAACUCGGACCCAGUAUUUCCUCGAUGUUUUCCAAUAAAUCUGGAGUGCCUCAAGGCAGCAACAUGGGGCCUUUGCUUUUUCUACUGUUCUUCAACGAUGUGGCGUUACUACUGGAAUCCGGCAGCAAAUUAAAUAUCCCAAUAAAUGUAAAUGUAAAUGUAAAUGUACCGAACGAAGUGACGCUGGAUUCGUUCGAUCCGGUUGAUAGGGACAGCGUGAUAGGGCGCCCAUACAAGCGCCCCAUAUUCAAGGAUACUGCGUACAACCGCACAGUAGAGAGACUUUAA